AACGAAUUGCUAGCCGCCACCCACCACUCCUACCCCACAAAGUACUGGAGUACUCCACUCCUCCGUCCAUGGCGUUCCCCUCCAUCUCCCCCACGUCGGCGGCGGCCUGGCGCCGCCGCUCCGGCUUCCUCGCGCUCCUCCUCCUCCUCCUCUUCCUCUCCUUCCAGGUGGUCGUCCACGUCCCCUCGAUCAGAUCGGCGGUCUCGCUGUGGCUCUUCUCCGGCCACCGCCGCCAACCCCAGCGCGAGGGUCCCCGGAGCGGCGAUUUACAGGACGUGGAGGAUUUCAACAAGAUGGUCGCCUACACGGACCAGGACGGCCGGAUCAGGCUGUUCAGAGUCACCGCCAGGGAGUUCGCGUCGUCCUCUAUCUGGGAGAACCCUCUGUUGCCCCAAGAGAGCCACCCGGUCGCCGGAACUCAAGAGAAUGCUGAGGAGCAGCUACUGGCCACUGGAUCAGAAGACGCGAAUCUCUCAAGUGCAGCGGUUUCGGCAAGCCAAAGAACCGAUCCAAUAAAAUUAAAGCGAGAGAUAUUUCGGCGUCGAAGAAAGGAGCAGCGGAUUCAGGAGUUACUUAAUAUGGACAAAGAGGUCGAACUCCACAUGCGAAACACCGCGACAAACAGCUCGAGGAACUUUGAUAAUAAAGUAAAAGUCAGUUACAACAUAUGGAGGCAGGAGUUCCACCAUACUAAUACUGACUCCACACUGAAGCUCAUGAAAGAUCAGAUAAUAAUGGCCAAGGUGUAUGCCACCAUUGCACGUUCCCAGAACGAAACCGACUUGCACACAUCGCUCAUGAAGUGCAUAAAAGAAAGCAAAGCAGCUAUUGGGGAUGCAAACAUGGAUAGUGAACUGGAUUCAAGCGCUUUAGAGAGAGCAAAAGAAAUGGGACAUGUGUUGUCUUCAGCUAGAGAUGUCCUGUACAACUCUGACGAAGUAUCAAGAAGAUUGCGUGUUAUGCUACAGUCUGCAGAACUAAAUAUUGACACGGCGAAGAAGCAGAACACAUUCCUGGUUCAGCAUGCUGCAAAGACAGUUCCCAUGCCCUUGCACUGCCUACAUAUGCAGUUGAUAACUGAUUAUUAUUUUCGUGAUGGUGUGAUCAAGGAGUAUUUUCACGAUGCUGCUUUGAAGGACGAAGAAGACAAAGCAAAGCUUGAGGAUCGGUCACUCUAUCACUAUGCUAUAUUUUCUGAUAAUGUCCUUGCAGCCUCUGUAGUUGUCAGAUCAACUGUGACCCAUGCCAAGGAACCAGAGAAGCAUGUGUUCCACAUCGUCACUGACAGCCUUAAUUUUGCAGCUAUGAAAAUGUGGUUUAUCAGUCAUUCUCCUCGCCCUGCUACUGUCCAUGUGGAGAGCAUCAAUAAUUUCAAGUGGCUCAAUUCGUCUUACUGUUCGGCUAUGCGGCAACUUGAGUCAGCUCGUCUCAAGGAGUAUUACUUCAAAGCACAUGAUCCGUCAUCACUCUCUGAUGGAACCGAGAAUCUGAAGUACAGGAAUCCAAAAUAUCUGUCUAUGCUCAACCAUCUGAGGUUCUACAUGCCAGAAAUACAUCCCAAGCUUGACAAGAUACUGUUUCUCGAUGAUGACGUUGUUGUGCAGAAGGACUUGACACCCCUUUGGGAUGUUGAUCUCAAAGGGAUGGUUAAUGGCGCAGUUGAAACUUGCAAAGAAAGUUUCCAUCGUUUUGACACUUAUCUCAACUUCUCACAUCCUAAAAUCUCAGAGAAUUUUGAUCCACGGGCUUGUGGGUGGGCUUUUGGAAUGAACGUAUUUGACCUAAAGGAGUGGAAGAAGCGAAACAUCACCGGAAUAUACCAUUAUUGGCAAGAUUUGAAUGAGGGUCGCAAGUUGUGGAAGCUGGGCACAUUGCCUCCAGGGCUAAUUACGUUCUACAACUUGACAUACCCAUUGGAUCGCACUUGGCAUGUCUUGGGCCUUGGAUAUGAUCCAGCUGUUGACAUUGCGGAAAUCGAUAAUGCAGCGGUGGUUCAUUACAAUGGGAAUUACAAGCCCUGGUUAGACCUUGCCAUUUCCAAGUACAAGGCCUACUGGUCCAAGUAUGUCGAUGUUGACAGCUCGCACAUUCGGCAUUGCUACGCAAGCAAACAAUGACAUAUGUAUCAUUCAGUUUUGAUACUUUUAGAGCACGUGUUUUUUCACCAGGAGGGAGUUAGGUAGAGUAGUAAUAUGUCUAACAUAGUUCAGCGUCAUAAUCUUGUCACUCUCGCUCUUAAUAAUCUAGCUAUUACUCAUGUAUCAAAUGUGCGCCCAGUGAUUUUUUACUUCACAGCACAGUAAA